ACCUCUCUUGAAUUUCCAUUCCCCGACUGGGGAAAAGGAGAUGUUUAUGCCAUUAUUCUGAGAAUCAAUCUUCAUCAUCAUAAUAUUCAUGGCUCAGAAAAAGAAGAAAGACAGCGAUUCUUCUUCUUCUUCUGAUUCUUCUGAUUCUUCUUCUCCGUCUUCUACUAAUAAUUCUCUUUCUACUCGUCGUCAAGACAAUGAUGAUAAUAAGGACACUUCCUCUUCUUCUUCAUCUUCAUCUUCAUCUUCAUCCGAUUCUAACGCCAGCAACCGCCAAAACAAGAAUCAGCGUAAAGUUAAACCGCCGCCGCCACCAAUUUCUGAUGCUUCCGAUUCCUCACCGACUUCUCCGGCGAAGGAGGAUACUCGCUCGCCGCCAUCGUCCCGGAAUCCUCCACCGCCGUCUGAAGAUUUGACUCCACCGGAGCGCUCACCACCACCGCCAGAGGCAUUGCCGCCGCCGUCACCACCACCACCAGAAGUGUCGCCUCCACCACCACCACCACCAGAAGUGUCGCCUCCACCACCACCACCACCAGAAGUGUCGCCUCCACCGCCGUCGUUUCCACCACCACCGGCACAGAUACAAAAUGAAGUCGCUUCUACUCCUCCUCCUCCUCCACCAUAUACAGCACCACCUUCUCCUCCUCCUCCUUAUUCUCCUUCUCCACCUCCUCCUCCUUCUACUCCCGUCCGACCCGCCUCCGCUAACUCGCAACCGAAGCCAGACAUUGCCACGGAUUCACCACCGAGCUUUGGUAAAGCCACAGGCAAUACUGAUAUAGGAAAAUUUGCCGGCUAUACCCUUGCUGCGGUUUUCUUCUUGGCCUUGGUGGCUGUAACUUUCUUCAUGUUCAGGAAGAAGAAAUCAAGAGGAGAUGUCUAUGGUAUACCUCGCCAUAAUCUUCACUUUCACGUUAGACCAGGUGUUAAUAGAAUUUACUAUGGACAGAAGGCUGGCGUUGGAAAUGGACCAAUAUUGUCUCCCAAUAGAAGCAACCAUGGAAGUGCAAGAAAUCCUGGAAGCAGACUUUUAGCACCUUCAGACAUAGGGCAACAGGUGAAUGCUCCAGUAGCCUUUAGCUAUGAAGACAUCUUGCAGGUAACCAAUUCAUUCUCUGAUGAAAACGUCAUAGGUGAAGGAGGGUUUGGGCAUGUUUACAAAGGGACACUGCCGGACGGAAAGGUGGUCGCGGUUAAGAAGCUAAAGGUUGGCAGCGGCCAGGGGGAAAGGGAAUUCAGGGCAGAAGUGGAGAUCAUCAGCCGUGUCCAUCACAGGCAUUUGGUAUCUUUAGUUGGUUAUUGCAUAUGUGAGGAUCAAAGAUUGCUCGUCUAUGAGUAUGUUCCUAAUGGGACACUCCAUCAUCACUUGCAUGGAAGUGGAAUGCCAGUGUUGACAUGGGACAAGAGGUGCAAGAUCGCUAUUGGUGCUGCAAAGGGUUUGGCAUAUCUGCAUGAGGAAUGCAGCCAAAAGAUUAUUCACAGAGAUAUUAAAUCAGCAAACAUACUUUUGGAUGAUACUUUCGAGGCUCAGGUUGCAGAUUUUGGACUUGCAAGGCUAACUGACACUACCAAAAGUCAUGUAUCAACUAGGGUUAUGGGAACCUUUGGGUACAUGGCUCCAGAGUAUGCAACAAGUGGGAAAUUAACUGAUAGAUCAGAUGUUUUCUCAUUUGGGGUUGUCCUCCUUGAGCUUCUAACAGGAAGGAAACCAGUUGAUGACUCUCAGCCUUUAGGAGAUGAGAGUUUGGUUGAAUGGGCUCGUCCGCAUCUCCUCCAUGCAAUGGAGACACAUGACUAUAGUGUGCUAGUAGAUCCAAGACUUCAAAAUCAAUUUGCGGAGGCUGAAAUGCUCAGGAUGAUUGAGGCGGCCGCGGCUUGUGUUCGCCACUCUGCUCCUAAACGGCCUCGAAUGGUUCAGGUUGUAAGAGCCUUAGAUAGUGGAGCUGAAAUAUCUGAUCUAUCUAAUGGGGUGAAAUAUGGUCACAGUACCAACUAUGAUUCUAACCAGUAUGAUAAAGACAUUAGGAUGUUCAGGAGAAUGGCCAACGGCAGCUAUGGUGGUGACUCUGAUUCCGAUAAGUACAGUAAAGAAAGCAGUCUCUCAAGAGAAAUGUCAACUUGUGGAUCCCAAAAUGGAUCCGGGACAAGUAGUUCUAGCAGCGACUUAGAAUCCAUAGCACUCACCAAGCAUAGUAGAAGUUCUUCGUAGGGGUCGAGGGAACAUGCAUAUAGCACCGCAGAAGUGAUUAACGAGCAUAUCAGCAUAGCCACAACCGAGCUUACUAAAGGCCAACUAACUUAACCAAAAUUCCAUUAUGUGUUGAGAUUGCAUCAUCUUAACAAGGAAUCAUAAACGUCUGGUUUCACAAGGACUUAAAACUAUAACCUCUACCUAAUCACGUAUAAAACCAUUACUUAAUUCUUCUUUCUUUCACUAAAUUUUGUUUUUUUUUUCCCUUCUUCUUCUCUUCCUCUUUUUUUUUCCUCCUCCAUUGGGGGUGUUGAAAGCUUGUAAAAGGAUCAGAUUGUUAAGGUUACUUUUUAACAUUAUAAUCUAGAAAUAUUUUUUUCUUGAUCCAGGUUGUUAAACAAUGAUACGAUGAUCGAAAAUAAAAAUUAGUUUCGAUAGUAAGAUGAUUGUCUA